AAUGCCAUGGUGAUGAAGGGGAAAAGGUUUCUAUCUCUGCCUGUGUUGGCAGUGUUGUUGUCGAUGUUUUUUGUGUAUUACACGACAAUUUUCGUCUUCCUCGAUGAUUGGGUCGGUUUGCAGAGCUCCCCUGGCACUUUGAAUUUCUCCAUCUUCACUGUUUUUGCUUCUCUGUGUCUCUUCUCUUUCUUUGUUUGCGUUUUCACAGACCCUGGUCGUGUCCCUUCUUCCUAUGUCCCUGAUGUUGAAGCCAGGACCCAUGACUUCGCUAAAGAUCGUGCAGAAGGGAAGAAAUGUGACAAGUGCUUUGCAUACAAGCCUCCAAGGACUCAUCAUUGUCGAGUAUGCAGAAGGUGUAUCCUGAAAAUGGAUCAUCACUGCUUGUGGAUAAAUAAUUGUGUUGGUUAUUGGAAUUAUAAGGCUUUUUUUGCUUUUACAUUAUAUGCCUCCGUAGCAAGUGCAUAUUCUACGGUCCUAUUUAUAAGCUGUGUACUUCAGAAGGACUGGGAACCCAUUAAAGGGAGUUCUCUUAAGCUCUUUUAUGUCAUGUAUGGAUUGAUGGUGGUGGCCUUGACCAUAACGCUUUCGACUCUCUCUGGGUGGCAUGUCUACCUUAUACUUCAUAAUAUGUCAACCAUAGAGUAUUAUGAAGGCAAUCGGGCAAAAUGGCUGGCUAUGAAAUCUGGGCAGAGUUACCGGCAUCCAUUCAACAUUGGUGCAUACAAGAACAUUACUUUGAUUUUAGGUCCAAAUAUGCUGAAAUGGUUAUGUCCCACGGCUGUAAGCCAUCUGAAGGAUGGAGUUAGCUUCCCGACAUCGCGUGAUAAUUCUUAAACCUUUCUUGUCUGGCCAAGUCCUGGAUCAACAGCAGGUCAUGCCUGUUUGUCUUGAAAUGAGGAAUUAAGAGCUCCUUCAUCAGAGUUUGAUACUCAGACAAAAGUUGAAAGAGAAAACGCAAUGGAUCCUUUAUGCAAGCUUUUAAAAGUAAGCUUUCGUGAUGCAUUGUAGAUCUCUUCACCAAAAAUGAUUGAAUGUUGGUCUUUAACCAGCUAGGCUCCAUCCUAGAUUGAUGAAAAUGGAAACUUUAUUUAGAAGUCUUGUAAAUCAGGUAAUACAUUUUUUCUUUGAUUUUAUUCCUUACAACAUAUUUCAGUUUUGGCACAUAUUUAGAAUAAUUGCAUUUAUGUCACAAAGGCCUUUUCAUAGUGUUAAUGGAGAGUUUCUAGAUAUUUUCGUUCGGAGGUUCAGCCAUACUGGUUGCAAUAUCUUUU